AUGCCAAAUUUUUACGAGAUCCUCCGAGUGCUGGAAGACGCGUCUGCGGACGAGAUUGCCAAUGCGGCACAAAACCUGAUCAACGAUUGGAACCCAAGCUUUGUGAAGGACAGCAAAAAUAGAGACGUGAUGUCCGAUGUCCAGAAGGACAUUAUACACAUGAGGGACACUCUCACAAAUCCAGAUAAGAGACGAGAAUAUGAUACUUCAUUGCAGGAAACUAGACUAAAAUCGGUAAACGAUGACUCAGAAGACGAAUCAGUGUAUGAAGAUGCCUUAGAGUACAUGACCGACGAUGAAUCGGAUGGGUUGUAUAAUUCAUUUAGUCAGCAGUACUCGGAUACAUUUGUAUCAACUUCAGUUUUGGAUCUGCAGAAGAAUGUGGAAGAUAAGCGUCAAGAGGGUGCCGCCUCCCUCAAAGUUGAGCUUCGACCGGCCUCCGAAGAAGAUUGUGAACCAAAAUAUUACACAGCGAAUACCAGAGAUGUCACUAUUAGUUCUAUAAAACCUGAUUCUACCUCUUCCAUUCCUGUAUUGGAAACAGCACGUCAAGAUUUCGGCAAGUCAAAAUCUGGUUCAAUCCGUAAAGAAUUUGAUGAAUCAGUAUCUCAGUCAACGCAUAAAAGUUUUGACAGUCCAACAUUGGAGUCUACGCGUAAAGAUUUUGACAGUCCCAAGCCUAAAUCGGAGUCUGCAAGCAAAGUUAUUGACAGUCUCUCUCCUUCCUCUGAGUCAACGCGUAAAGAUUUUGACAGUUCAAUAUCUGAAUCAACAGUUAAAUAUUUUGACAGUCCUCCUUCAGAGUCAACACGCAAAGAUUUUGACAUCUUACCAGGUACGCCAGAAUCAACUAGCGAAAAAGCAUUUGAAACAAAACUCACUGUUACAAAGCAGCAGCAGCAACAGCCCAAUGCAAUGACACACACUAUUAAUCCUGAAGAAGAAACAGUUCAAAAGAAGCUAAAUGGGUAUAUUUGA